GGCCGCUUCCGGUCAUGUGACCAAAACAGAAUCAUGGCGGCCUCCGCUGCAGUCCGCUCAAGCAUGGGACUGACUUUGAGACUUUCUCGAUCUAUCCCGGACUGUAGCACAUGCCCUUUCUACAGGUUAAAGAGCUGUGUGAACAGCGUGGGUAAAUUACAAAGGAAGGGUUCCUUCGACAGCUUCCGGACCAUAAAUCGACACUUGCAGACAAGUAUAUCUUUGUACCACAGUGAGGAGGGGAGCUCGAAUGCAGAGGACCCGGAGGAUGUGGUAAACGUGGUGUAUAUCGACCGCUCUGGCCAGAGGAUCCCAGUUAAGGCCAAGGUGGGAGAUAACGUCAUGUAUCUCGCUCAGAGGCAUGGAAUUGAAUUGGAAGGAUCCUGCGAGGCCUCUCUGGCCUGCUCAACAUGUCACGUCUAUGUAAAUGAUACUCAUUUUGACAAACUGCCAGAACCCGACGAGAGGGAAGAUGACAUGCUGGACAUGGCACCCUUGCUUCGGGAGAACUCCCGAUUAGGAUGCCAGAUCAUUCUCACUCAUGAGCUCGAGGGCAUAGAGCUCACCUUGCCCAAAGUCACCAGGAACUUUUACGUGGACGGCCAUGUUCCCAAACCUCAUUGAGAAGGGGAGCAGAUGACUAGAGCUGGAGAAAAUUGGAGGGUGGCGCUGCAAGCUAUACACCAUGUGUGUUCGUUGAGUGAGGGGGCGCCCAUAAAGAGAUGCACGGCUUGGAUAGUAAAGUCCGUAGCAACUGCUGAGACCUCUUGCAGACUGACAAAUUCCACAGUUAACCAAUGACAGUACAGGCCUGCAGAUGACAUCCUUAUAGUCAGACUCUACAAGUCUCUCUUAAGGGGAAAUUAAUGGUUACUUCCCAAAAAAAACUGAUAGUUUAACUGACUAUAUAUUUAUUAACAUGGGUUGUUGUUCUCAGGCCAGUAUCAAGACACCAUUACAUCUCGCAAACUGUUCUUUGUUGAAAAAAAUUUCAGAGACAUUUUAUUUUAACAGAGUACUUGCUGUUUAAUGGAACAUUCCUUGUUACAGCUCAUAUACGCACAAGUAUGACAAGAUGAUGUUCUUAGUCAUUUCUGUAGGUUCAUCAUUGUCACACUGUUUCACUUGUCAGAUAUUGUAUGCAUAGCAUUACUUUUAAUUUUCAUCUUGUACCAAGUAACUACCCGCUGAAUUUAGCUCGCCCAAAGUCAAACAUCAUGUUUUCUUCUGCAUGGUACUGAAGCCAGACAUAUAAGUAUAAGUCAUAUUGUCUAAUGCAGUGUAUUUCAAAUAAAAAAAGACCUGCAGCUUAAGAGUUAGACAGUUGAAACUUACAUAGUAUUCACUAUAACAGCAAAACAAUCAGGCUUUAAAGAUCACCUGGUGAAUGCAUCUCAAAGCUCUUCCCAAGGUGCAAAUAAGUAAGGUUUGAUUAGUUGAUCUGGUUCAGCUGUGCAUUUUACCGAGCAGCAUGAAGGUUGAGAUGAGUUUUGAAGCAUGUGGGCUUCAUGUUACCAUGGAUUGAGUUUUUCUACAUCUACAUUUUUACUUAAGUCUACUGUACUUGUCCUUACGCACAAAUGUAAGUCAACUGUGUAUCAUGUCUUUAAAUUACAAAUAUUUAAAGUUGUGCAAUAAAACGUUCUUAAAAAGUUA